GACUCGGCUUGUUGUGCUGCUGCCGAGAACCAGACACGGUCCUGCAGCGGCAGCAGAUCUUACAGCCGCCUGACAAUGUCGUCUAAUUUAGUAGAGCAGCCGCCACCCCUGCACAACAACAACAAUAACUGCGAAGAAAGCGAGCAGUCUUUGCCGCCUCCAGCCGGCCUCAACAGUUCCUGGGUGGAGCUACCGAUGAAUAGCAGCAAUGGCAAUGAUAAUGGCAAUGGGAAAAAUGGGGGGCUAGAACAUGUACCUUCCUCAUCCUCUAUCCACAAUGGAGACAUGGAGAAGAUCCUUUUGGAUGCCCAACAUGAAUCAGGACAGAGUAGUUCAAGGGGCAGUUCUCACUGUGACAGCCCUUCCCCACAAGAAGAUGGACAAAUUAUGUUUGAUGUAGAAAUGCAUACCAGCAGGGACCAUAGCUCUCAGUCAGAAGAGGAAGCUACAGAAGGAGAGAAAGAAGUUGAGGCAUUAAAGAAAAGUGUUGAGUGGGUAUCUGACUGGUCCAGUAGACCUGAAAACAUUCCACCUAAGGAGUUCCACUUCAGGCACCCUAAACGUUCUGUUUCUUUAAGCAUGAGAAAAAGUGGAGCCAUGAAGAAAGGGGGGAUAUUCUCUGCAGAGUUUCUUAAGGUGUUCAUUCCAUCUCUCUUCAUUUCUCAUGUUUUGGCUUUGGGACUAGGCAUCUACAUUGGAAAACGACUGAGCACGCCUUCUGCCAGCACCUAUUGAGGGAAGGAAGAGCCCCUGGAAAUACGUGUGACCUGUGAAGUGGUGUCAUUGUCACAUUAGUUUAUUUGAACUUGAGACCAUUGCAAGCAUGACCCAACUUACCACCCUAUUUUUAUGUAUCCAAGUUCCAGUAACUUGAAAUCCAGUAUUUUUUUCAAACUCUGUUGAGGCAUUUUACUAACCUCAUUCCCUUUUUGGCCUGUAAGACACUUUAGAAUUUCCUAACAGAGUUUACUGUUGUUUAGAAAUUGCAAGGGCUUCUUUUCCGCAGAUAUGCCACCAGCAGAUUAUAAUUUUGUUAAUAAUGCUGUCAUUCCCUUUUAGUCACCACACGAUUUAGAUCUGUAUCAUUGAUGGUAUAAAUUAUACUCUUGUGAGAUAACUACCAUUCCUCUCUUUAAAUAAGAUCAGGUUAGCAUAUGAUAAUAAAACUUCAUUUGGGUUUUUUUUUUCCCUUUAAGGCAAAGGCAAGCUUCCCUAAACUUGAAUUUAUAGUUAUU